AUGUUUACUGAAGUCUGGCAUCCUCGAAAAUACUGUGAUCCAAAGUUAAUAGCAGGCCACGUUAUUUUUCGACAUGGUGAUCGUACACCAAUUACUAACUAUCCAAAAGAUGUUGUGAAUGAGUCAUUUUGGCCAAAUGGCUAUGGUCAACUAACAUCUACGGGAAUAAAACAACAACGAAAUUUAGGACGCUAUAUUCGUCAACGUUAUAAUAGUAUUCUCAAUUCAACUUAUGAAGCAAAACAAAUUACUGUGAGAAGUACCGAUUAUGAUCGAACACUAAUGUCAGCCUAUUCAAAUCUUCUUGGUCUUUAUCCUCAAUUGGAUAAUAGUACAGACAUUUCAGUUCAACCUAUUCCCGUUCAUACAGUUCCACAGAAUGAAGAUUAUUUACUUGGUAUAAAUAUUUGUCCAAGAGAGGAUCAAAUUAUCAACGAGAUUAAAAAUAGUGAUGAAGUCAAAAACUUGAAUAUAAAAUUUGCAGGAUUUUUUAAAGAUUUGGAAGGUUAUACUGGUUUUAAGGAAAUUGAUUUAUUCAAUGCAUGGGACGUUGCUGACACAAUCUUUGUGGAGACUUUAUAUAAUGUGACGGUACCAUGGGCUACAAAGGCAGUUCAAGCUAAUUUAUCAGAAAUUAAUGAUUAUUCAUUUCAGUUAUCAUUUUCACGUCCAGAUAGUAAACGAAUUCGCGGAGGUCCUAUAAUUAAAGAUAUUUUGGAUAAUAUACAUAAUUUGAGUGCAAGUACAUUUCGAAAUGUCAAACUCUAUUCUGCUCAUGAUACAACUGUCAGUGCAGUGUUGUCAUUUCUUGGAAUUAAUUAUCCACAUCAGCCACCUUAUGCUAGUGCUGUAUUUAUUGAUUUUUAUCAAAAAGAUGAUCAAUCGUAUGCAAUCAAAGUAGAAUAUUUAAAUGAGACUGGAAAACUCCCUUAUCCAAAGCAACUUGAUAAUUGUCCUGAUUAUUAUUGUCCAUUCGAAACGUUCAAAUCUAUUUAUCAACCCAAACUUCCUGGUACAGUCGAUGUUGAAUGUGCAGCAAAAGUGCCUGCACCAAGUACUGGAUUUGGACCAAACGGAAAGAGUCUCCUGGCCAGAUCAGGAGAUUUGGGCACUCUAGUUUCAAGGCAAAUACCACCCGCUGAAACAAAACGAAAUGGACGAAUGAAUGAAAUAUAG